CGAUUACCAAAGUGCGCAUGCCCAUACAUUAAGAUCAAAACUUCCGGGGAAUAGCAGACCACGCAUUUGAAGAUGGCUGACUACUGGAAAUCCAAUCCCAGGAAGUUUUGUGAAUACUGCAAAUGUUGGAUUGCUGAUAAUAAACCGAGUAUAGAUUUCCAUGAAAAAGGAAAGCGACACAAAGAGAAUGUGGAGAAAAAGAUUGAUGAGUUGCGUAAGAAGGGGGUUGCGGAUGCCAAAAAGAAACAGUUUGAAGAAGAUGCAUUCAAGGAAAUGGAAUUGGCUGCUUUGGAGGCAUUUAAAAAAGAUCUGAUAGAUAAUCCUGACUUAGCAAAGCAGUAUGGAGUGAGAAUUCCAUUAAAAACAGAAUCAGUGGCGACCUGCGCCCCUCCACCUAAUCCAGAGACCUCAGGAGAUGCAGAAGAAGAUGCCUCGGAGAGUACGGUCCCUGAAAUCAAAGAGUGGUAUGAAGCCAAGUCAGAUGAGGGGUACACAUAUUAUUGGAAUAUAGCAACUGGAGAAUCAACCUGGGAGGCUCCAGAGAAGUACCUGUCAUUGGAGGAGCAGGAGAGGCAGCAGAAAGGGGAUGCGGCACCUGUGGAAGAUGAUCAAUCAGAUGAUACUAAAUAUGAAAAUAGUGAAAGUAAGGAAGAUCCAGUUAUAGAUCUAGCAGAUAUACCCUUAGACAGCAUUCCUAUGCCAUCAGAGAAAAUAGUGCCAAAGAUAGUGGAGGACAGAAAUGCUAGGGCUGCAUAUGGAAGUUGGGAGUCGGCAGUGGUGGAAGAGGAGCAAAUCGACUUACAAUUACCACAACAGCCACAAUAUGAAGAGAUUCCACUGCCUGAUAUAGCAGAUGAUGAACCCAAACUAAAGUUUAAAGAAAAGAAAGUGACUUCUUUGAAAACGGUCAGAGACACUGGAGAAACUGUUGCUUUUAAAAAGCGUAAGAUUAGUGAUAAAAAAGCUAAUAUGCGUCGACGUGGAGAUGAUGACAGUUGAUAAAAUCACCUAUUUAUAUAUAUAUAUAUAACAGAUAUAAUUUUGUAUAUUGUAGAACUAAAUUGAGCAUAUGGAAUCCAACUUUGCAAUUGAAAAGAUAAUUUUGGAAGAGCCUGUUGAAACUAAAUAAUAGUCAAAAAUGACAAAAACAACAUACUGUUGACAUAACUCAGGAAUAGUGUAAACUGUUUUCUAUGCUGUUGGUUACAAAGUAGCAUAUUAGAACUUUAUAUGAUACCUUAAAAAAUACUUAAAAGACUUUAAUUUUUGAAUUACUUCUUCAGUAAUUGUAAGAGAAGUUAUAUUUCUGUCUGAUAAUUUUUUUAGAAUGA